AUGACUACAACUGCGGAAUGUCGCGAGCAACUUGAGCGACAUUUGCAAAAGUUUCGGGAAAUUGCUGAUGAACGGGUUCAGGAUAAGGUGGGUAGCACUUGCUGGGUACCAGCGGUAUAGUGUGGUAUAAUAAAACCGUUAGCUUUUAUUUUCAUGGGGAACUACUAGAUAGCUUUUGCUUACUAAGUUUAUAUAAUUUCUGUAAAAUCAAAAAAACUGCAUCAAAUUAAUUUCCAGAUAGCUAGAUGGGGAGUAUAUUUACCAGCCAUUUUAUCAGCUACUAUAAUAUUAUGCCAGACAGCCAAUACUUAUAUUUUUGGGUCUUUUGCCUACAAUUUUGGUCAAUUAUACCUUUUGAUAGAUGAUUAUAUGAGAAGUACAGCAUCGAUGAAUGUGACAUUGUUCAAUUCAAGUGAUUUGUACAAAUAUAAAGGACAAAACUUUGAAAGAAUCAAUGAAAUUGACUUGGUAAGGGAGAUAAAGUUAUGGAUGGAAGAGGGGGGAAGUUAGAGAGGGAAAGGGCAAGGAUGAGUUAGGGUAGGGUUUAGCUAGUUAUUGGAAGGGUGGAUAAAGCUAUGAGUAGAAGAAGGGGAAGGCAAGAGAAGUUAACAAUAAAUAGCUCAAGGGAUGAGUUAGGGUUUGCUAGGAUUAGAUUAGAGAAAGGCUUGGCUAUAAUUAUUUUAUGGUUGAGCUAUUAUAACGCACACUUAAGAGAGGGUAGAUCAAAAAUAACAUAAAGAUAAGAACAAGGUAGAGUAAAAAAUGGUAUGGUAGGGUAAGGUAAGGUAAGUUAGAGUACGAUUAGGAAUGUAUGGUUAAGAUAAGGCGGGGUAGAACAAAAUGAAACAUGGUUAUGUUAUACUAGAGUAGGGCACUGUAAAAUAAUUUAUUUUUGGUUUUCAGUACCACGACCAACUAUGGACGCUAUUUGUAGCAGAAGUCAUUGAACUGGUAUUUCCAUUUAUUAAUAUUAUUAUGUUUGCAUGGAUAAUUCAAGACAAAAAACGACAUAAAUUGAAGUCACAACUUCAAGUUAUUUACUUGGUAAGGCGACGUAUCAAAAUUUCAAAGAAUUUAAAAAAAUUUUUUUUUUAUUUUUAACUUAAAAAUCUUUAAAAUUUAUUUUUAGCUAGCCCCAGUCUUAGCUUUAGUACUAAGCAUUACACAAGCAUUCACAAUUCACGUUACUUUGUUUGACUCGAUGUAUACGAUCAGGUUUUUACUAUCAAAGUUACUGGCGCAGUUAUUGGAAAUCAACGCUUCUGGCAGGUACCCAAUUGAACAAUACUUUGGGUGUGAGUUCAUCAACGAUGAUGAUAUUGUUGUAAGUUUAUUGCUUGAGUAGAUUAGUUUAUUGUUAAGGUAGAGCUUACUGGAUAGUUUAUUGUUAGGGUUAAGUAAGCUGUUUUUUGUUAGGGUAUGUAUGUAAGGGUACUUUAUUGUUAGGGCAGUUAUUUUUCUUUAUUUUCGAAAUUUAAAACUUUUCCAGAAGCCUCCGUGUGCCGGCACCAUCCACGACCAAGUCGUGUCGAAUACAACGAUGAAUGUAGUGAUAGGAGUUCAUUUUAUUCCGAUUGUUAUUGGGAUUUACUUGUUUUUGCAGAAUUUACAAUCCUCACAGACCGAUCAUUUGUUUUUAUACAUCGAAAGCGUUGAUCCGGUCAUAAUGGAGAAGAUUGCUCAUGAGUAAGUUAUACGUAACUCUUUAGACUUUUACUCUUUUUGCGGUAUAGAGUAUGUUUUAAGGAGUAGGAAAGAAUAAGGUAGAGUACCGUAGGGUAGGGUUAACAAGUAUAAUAUAGGAUGGAAUAUCGUAGGUUAGAACAAAAUAGGGUAGAGUUGGGUAAAAUAGGGUAGAAUAAAGUAGGGCAGGGCAAUUUAUUUACUCUUUUUGUGGUUUACUUGCUUUUUGCCUCUCCUUUUGUCUAGAAUACUUUUGUCUUACUCUUGACCUACCCUUGCUCUAACAUGGCCUCGUUUUACCCUUGCUUUUCUAUUGUUCUUAUUAAUCUACUUUAUAUUAUACUUGCACUAUGUCUAAAAAACUUUUUUUCUAUAUUGACAUACUAAUACUUAAAUUUCAGCCAAUUAAAUGGAGAUGAACAAAAAAGAAGGACAUUGAAAGAUACUGUGAAAGAAAUGCUCAUGGAAUGGAAUGUUAGGUUCAUCCCUAAACGGUAAGAACUUAUUUUGAUAUUUUGUGUUAUUGUUUUAGGUUAAGCUCAGUUUAUAAUAGAUCAAGUAAACCUACGCCUUUCGUUAGGUUGUUCAAAUGGUUAUGUGCCCCUAUCCUUAAAAUUUGCUUUGGGUUGGGCUUAGAAAUACAUGAACAAUAUAGUAGUUAUAUUCGUUUUAAAUUUUGAGUUCGAAACACUUGAUAAAACAUGCAAAAAUUUAAAAAUUAUAGGAUAUUUGACCUACAAAUGGGUGUGGAGCGUCGUCAUCGUAGAAGCUCUGUAUCUUCUGCUCAUGAACUGGGGCAUACAGUGUUAUAG